AUGUCAGACCUAAGCCCGGACUUUGGAGAGAGCUUCGCGCGGGAAACAUGGGUGCUAUACUCUGUGGGGUUGUUGGGGACGGUGUUGCGAUUUGUUGCGCGAAUCCGUCGGUUGGGUUUCCUUGGUCUGCAAGCCGAUGAUUAUCUUAUGUUGUUUGCGGUGGUGUGGUACACACUGUUAUGUGUGUCUCUCAACCAAGUCGCCUCGGGAGGAGGUUCGAAUUUGAUGACGGACGAUGAUAUCAGAAACCUGACCCCAGAGACACAUGCGGAGCGAGUGAGGGGAAGCAAAUGGGUCUUUGUCUCGGAGCACUCGUUCAUCCUGUCUAUCUGGGCGAUGAAGUCGUGCAUGCUGGUGAUCUAUGCUCGUAUCACUGAGGGGUUGUUUGCGCGUAAAUUGGUCAACUAUCUUUCCAUCUACGUCGGGCUGGGCUUCCUUGCCGUGGAGCUGUCUCUGUUCCUGAUCUGUCGGCCUUUAUCGAAUUACUGGGCCGUGCCCACGCCAGAUUACCAAUGCUCCUCCUAUCAGUACUAUGAGAUCGUGCAAGGCUGCAUCUCCAUCUCCGCCGACUUCUUCAUGCUCGCCGUCGCCAUCCCGCUCAUGGUCCAAGUCCGCAUUCCUCUCCGGCAGAAGGUGAUUCUCCUGGCCCUGUUCGGCAUGGGAAUCUUCGUCAUCGUGGCAGCCAUCCUGAACAAGAUCUACUGCCUGGUUCCGGCCUUGAUCUCCUACGUCUACAUGAACUGGUACUUCCGAGAAGCCACGGUCGCGAUCCUAGUCACCAAUCUCCCUCUCGUCUGGUCGCUCCUCCGCGACGUCUUCCCCACCCUCAAGAGUUGGACCGGCGGAUCGAAGAAGGGCACCGACCGAUACCGAUCCGAACCGUGGACCAACAGCAAAGGCUCGGGGCUGCGCGCGUAUGGACAGGCCAGUCACUUGCGGUCCGGCAAUUACGACAUGCACGAUUAUCCCAGCCCUAGCGGGACGCAUCAGAAGACAGUCUCCGACGUGAGCGUCCAUGCGAGCGACGACCGGGACGUUAGCGAUGAUGGAUCCGAUCGUGCGCUGAGGAUCCGACAGGACGUGACGGUCACUGUGGAGCGCGAGACGCGGCCGCCAGAAUACUGGGAGACACAUGAUACUCAGGUGAACGGUCUUCAUUCGCCUCGACCAUGA